AAAAACUAUUCCGCACGGCCUUGCCGUCACCGCCGCCUCGCCUCGCCUCCCUCGCGCGCCGCCGCCGCCGGCGAACGCGAACCGGCCGGGACUCGGGAGGCACACGGCGGGGAGGACCUCCUCUUCUCUUCUCGUUGCCUCCCCUGUGGUUGAUCCGAGAGGGGAGUCAGGGGACUAGGGGAGGGAGCGAGCGAGAUGAGGCUCCUACGGGUGGCGACGUGCAACCUGAACCAGUGGGCGAUGGACUUCGACACCAACCUCCGCAACGUCAAGGAGUCCAUCGCCCGCGCCAAGGCUGCCGGCGCCGCCGUCCGCGUGGGGCCCGAGCUCGAGCUCACCGGCUACGGCUGUGAGGACCACUUCCUCGAGCAGGACACCGCUGCCCACGCUUGGGAGUGCUUGAAGGACAUUUUGUCUGGUGGUCAUACAGACGGCAUCUUGUGCAGCAUAGGAAUGCCGGUUAUUUUCAAGAGUGUGCGGUACAACUGCCAGGUUUUCUGCUUAAACAGCAAGAUAGUCAUGAUUCGGCCGAAGAUAUCUCUUGCAAAUGAUGGAAACUAUCGGGAAUUUCGAUGGUUUUCUGCUUGGACAUUUAAAGAUGAACUUGUUGACUUCCAACUCCCUGUUGAUAUCUCGGAGGUUACGUUGCAGGAUACCGUGCCUUUUGGUUAUGGUUUUAUUCAAUUUCUUGAUGUAUCAUUGGCUGCUGAAACUUGUGAAGAGCUCUUUACUGCAAAUGCUCCUCGCAUUGACCUAGCGUUGAAUGGUGUUGAGGUUUUUGUGAAUGCAAGUGGAAGCCAUCAUCAGUUAAGAAAGCUCAGUCUCCGGAUUGAUUCAAUGAGAAAUGCAACCCUUGCAUGUGGUGGUGUUUACAUGUAUGCUAAUCAACAGGGUUGUGAUGGUGGCCGCCUUUAUUAUGAUGGUUGCUGCUGCAUCGCAGUCAAUGGAGAUGUGGUUGCACAAGGAUCUCAAUUCUCAUUAAAAGACGUUGAAGUAUUGGAUGCUCUGGUAGAUCUUGAUGCUGUAUCAAGUUAUCGAGCAUCUGUUUCUAGUUUUAGAGAGCAAGCAAGUCACCGAACCAAUGUACCUUUUGUAAAGGUACCAUAUAAGCUUUGCAAGCCAUUUCUGAGUGGAAUGGUUCCAACUGGUCCUGCUGAGGUUAUGUAUCAUUGUCCUGAAGAGGAGAUUGCAUUUGGACCUAGUUGUUGGUUGUGGGAUUAUCUGCGGAGAAGUCGAGCAUCAGGAUUUUUGCUUCCACUGUCUGGUGGUGCGGAUAGUUCAUCUGUUGCAGCAAUUGUUGGUUGCAUGUGCCAGCUUGUCGUAAAAGAUAUAGAGAAUGGGGAUGAGCAAGUUAAGGCAGAUGCUGUACGGAUUGGCCAGUACAAAGAUGGAGAGUUCCCUAAAGAUAGCAAAGAGCUCGCAAAACGUUUAUUUUACACUGUUUAUAUGGGGACUGAAAAUAGUUCUGAAGAUACUCGAUCACGUGCAAAAAGGCUAGCUGAAGAGAUCGGUUCAUUCCAUUUGGAUGUACCGAUUGAUAGUAUAGUAUCUGCAUUGCUUUCUUUGUUUGAAAGAUUGACUGGGAAGCGACCACGGUACAAGGUUGAUGGGGGAUCCAAUGCUGAGAAUCUGGGAUUGCAAAAUAUUCAAGCUCGAAUCAGGAUGGUGCUAGCCUUUAUGAUGGCCUCUCUUAUGCCAUGGGUGCAUAACAAAUCUGGGUUCUAUCUUGUUCUGGGAAGUUCAAAUGUGGAUGAAGGAUUGCGUGGUUAUUUGACAAAAUAUGACUGCAGUUCAGCAGAUAUAAACCCCAUUGGAAGUGUAAGCAAGCAGGACCUUAGGGCUUUCCUACGGUGGGCAGCAAUUCAUCUUCAGUAUUCUUCUCUUGCUGAGGUUGAAGCUGCACCCCCUACCGCAGAGCUUGAGCCUAUCCGUGCAAACUACAACCAGUUGGAUGAGGUGGACAUGGGAAUGACAUACGAGGAGUUGUCGAUAUAUGGCAGGCUAAGGAAAAUUUUCCGUUGCGGUCCUGUUUCAAUGUUUCAGAACCUGUGCCACAGGUGGUGUGGGAGGCUAUCCCCCUCCGAAGUGGCUGAUAAAGUGAAGCACUUCUUCAAGUACUACGCAAUAAACCGGCAUAAGAUGACUGUCCUGACACCAUCCUAUCAUGCUGAGAGCUAUUCACCGGAGGACAACAGGUUCGACCUCAGGCAAUUUCUGUACAACGCAGGAUGGACUUAUCAAUUUCGCAAGAUCGAUGAGCUUGUGGAAGACAUGGAUAAAGAUGGUAAAUGGGAGAACUCUACUGAAGGGGAGUUGAGAAAACGGAAGGGCGUCCGAUCCGCCCAAGGAGGCGGAAUGGGCGUUGUCGCCGUGGGGUCUGCUAAUCCAAGUGCCGGAUCGUGAGAAGGCAGUCUCGCUUGGCCAAGUCUUCCACUGUUAUUGAACAGUUUCCUUUUUGUUUCCCUGAUAAAAAUCCCUGCGUAUGGACAGGGACUGGGGGCCUCCAAACAAUGGAAGUGUCCAUACCUAAUCAAUCACAAAGGAAAGCGUCAACAAACCACAAGUACAGUGUACCAAAGAUAUUGAUCUUUCCCAACCCAACCUUGGUUAAGAGCCAAACUUCCCUGAAAGCGUCAACAAACCACAAGUACAGUGUACCAAAGAUAUUGAUCUUUCCCAACCCAACCUUGGUUAAGAGCCAAACUUCCCUGAAAGCGUCAACAAACCACAAGUACAGUGUACCAAAGAUAUUGAUCUUUCCCAACCCAACCUUGGCUAAGAGCCAAACUUCCCUAUAGUCUUACCUUGUGAGCAUAAUAAUCAAAUCAGAACCAAGUUGAAACAGAUAAACACACCUAGAACAAAUCUGUUGUAGAAGGAUGCUGCUUCGAAA